CUAGUAUACAACAUUGCGGUAGUGGUGCACCGCCAAUUUGAACGCCAUAUAUCUUCGGACUUAAGCCGGGGUUAACACGUGCCCCUUUCCUCACUUUCUGGAGAACGCGCAUUGAACAACCUGGCGCGUUUCUGUGAUCCAGCCAGAAUUCUAAAGUCUCUGGGCCAUUGACAACACUUCAUCCCAUUGCUUGAUAACGCAAGCAUCAUGGCAUCCAAAGACAAGUAUUCCGUGAUCCUUCCAACCUACAAUGAGAGACAGAAUUUGCCCGUUUUGGUGCAGAUGCUGUCGGAUGUCUUUGAAAAGGAGAAACUGAACUGGGAAGUCAUUGUUGUGGAUGACGCUUCUCCCGAUGGCACUCUCGAGCGAGCGAAAGAAUUGCAGAAAUCCUUCGGGUCGGACCACAUCGUGUUGAAGCCACGGGCAGGCAAACUGGGCCUGGGCACUGCCUACGUGCACGGCUUGCAGUACGUGACGGGCAACUUCGUCAUCAUCAUGGAUGCCGAUUUUUCUCAUCAUCCUAAAUUCAUCCCCGAGUUCAUUAAAAUCCAAAAGAAGACCGGCUGCGAUAUUGUCACUGGCACAAGAUACCGAUCGAGAGACGGCUCGGUUGGCGGUGUCUACGGCUGGGAUGCAAAGAGAAAGCUCACAAGUUGCGGCGCAAACAUCCUUGCGGAUUUCCUGCUGAAUCCAGGUGUGAGCGACUUGACCGGCUCGUUCCGAUUAUACAAGAAGGAGGCGCUGGUCACGGUCAUUGAGAGGACUCAGUCGAAGGGAUACACGUUUCAGAUGGAGAUGAUGGUGCGGGCAAAGGCCAUGGGACUCAAGGUGGAGGAGUGUCCCAUCACCUUCGUGGACAGACUCUACGGAGAGAGCAAACUUGGCGGGGAAGAGAUCGUUGAAUAUCUCAAAGGGCUGUUGUGGCUAUGGUGGUCUGUGUAAGCUGGCACAGCCGAAAACGUCCGUUUCUAAUGGCCCGCAUCUCGCAAUGGGUGUCUACGAUGAGUUAGCUUUCUGCUCAGAAGGUGUGAUGCCUGCAUUUCUUCUCAGGCUUGGUUUAUUCGUUCAACCUGGGACAUGUUCCUCGGAGGGGCUAGCUAGAUGCAAUGCCCUGCCUUCUCAUACAGUGGAUGUUGUUACCUGUCCGUGAAGCUGCCCACAACAUCACAGGAAUGCAAGGGCCGCUCACACAGGAAGUGAUCGUGAGAUAUAGUCACACGUCUGCCGCUCAAUCACGAAAGGCAUACGUCGCAAGUAUUGGUCGAGGUACUGGAUUGAGGCUGGACUGAUCCAUCAGUCAAUGGGCAUUAUUCAAAGGGAACGGUUGCAAAUGGAUAUCGAUGUUAUGGUUUCUGGCCUCGUGACUUUUAACCCGAUGCUAAGACAUUCUGGUAAGAUGGGAAUUGACGAGUAAAGACGGUGCCAUUGUAUCCGUGGGAUGGGGGACGUCCCUAUGCACUUUGUAUACACCAGGUACGAGAGAUUGCUACCUAGUGAUGGACACUGCCGGUGUAUGCUCAGUAGUGGUAGUGGUGAGUAAUUCAAUAAUAUACUCGAUGAGAUGAGUCCAUGCCAUACACCACUUCUUUGAUAUCAUACCCAAGAAUAAAUUGAAUCUAC